AUGGUAAUGAUACUAUGUUUAUUCAUAAUAUUUGUUGGUAUAAAUGCAGAAGAAGUUAGUAAGAAAGAAUAUCAAAUUAUUUCAGUAUGUGGAGAUGGUGUUUGGGACUCAUUUUCUGAAGAAUGCGAUGGUAUAAAGGGAUGUGGGAGUGACUGUCAAUGUGCAAAAGGAUACUCAUCUGAUGGUAAUGGAAAUUGUAUUAUGUCUUGUAUGUAUGGAGAUGGAUGUUUAUCAGGAUGCUAUAAACCUGAUAAGUGUAGUUCAUGUGACACCAAAAGGUACAAAAAAGAUUGUACUGAAUGUCAGCCAGGAUAUAUGUGGUAUGGAGAAGGAAAUUGUUCAAAAUAUGAUGUCUCAACUAUUCAAAGUUGUAGAAGUUUCAUUAAUGAAUCAGAACAAUUAUCACGUGAACUUGGGUUGACAUAUAAUCCGUUUAAGGUUCUUGUAAAAAAAAGAAAUGAUUCACAAACAGUUACUUAUACAAUGAAAGUACCUGAAUUACCUGUUUCAAAAAGAAGACUCCAAUUAACGCAUUGCUCUAGAUAUAUAGAUCCGAGUCGUCCAUAUACAUAUGGUGUAUGGGUUGAAAUCACAUCUGAAGAACUUACAGAGGUAGUUAUAGGGUUAGAUAAACAAUAUUCAAUAGAUGAUAUUAAUUCUCAAAAUUUGCAAGAACGUAAAAUUGGAACAGACCUUGAAUUUGUUAUUAUUAGAAACUGCCUUGACUCAGUUGAUUCAAAGAAAGAUCCGGAAUGUCUACAUAGAAAUGGAGGGUUAUCAGAAUAUGUUUUGUCUCCAAGAGUCUCAGUUAUUUUAAGAAAAGAUAUUCCUUAUUAUUUAUUUAUUCAUUCCAAAUAUGCGUCUAAGACAAUUCCUGAAUUUACCUUUUAUAUAUCUGAUAUGAACCAUGCUUGCUCUACUAAUUAUCGCAGUGUUCCUAUGAUUUUAAUCUCAGACAGAGAAGGAUACAGUAGUAUAUUAGAAUUAGAAAAGGCUAUGAUAUCAAAAAAUCUUUGUAAUCAAGAUACUACAAAAGGAUUUUGGUUCAAGAUAAUUGGAAGUGAUCUAACAAUAGAUAUUUCUACUUGUGAGUCUGGUGCUUUUGAUGUUGCUAUUGAUCUUAUUGAAGUAAAAUUAAGUGAUUAUAAAUUAGAAGAUAAUGCAACAGAUCUUUCUCCAAUUGAUUGUAGUACUGCACCAGCAAAGUGUCUUGCAACAAGAACAUCAGGAUGUGGAGGUGACUCUCGUCUUGCUAGACUAAUUCAGAAAAUAGACAAAGAACAUAUAUAUUUUCUAUUUCUUGAAAUAAAUGAAGAAUAUGCCGCAACAAUUAAUUUAACAAUUAAAACAACUUGUCAUAAAGACUGUGGUGAACAUGGUAUUUGUUCUAUUAGUACUGGACAAUGUGAAUGUGUCGAUGGAUAUGUUCUUGUUGACGGUGGGUGUACAUUAUGUGGAAAUGGAAAAAUUGAUGAAGGAGAAGAGUGUGAUCCUUCGGUGGAAGGAUAUGAUGACAGUCAAUGUACUAUUGCAUGUGCAUGUCGAUAUGGAACACAACCAAUGGAAAUUGAUGGUGUAGUAAAGUGUGCAGUUCCAACAUGUGGUAAUGGACAAGUUGAUGAUUAUGAAGAAUGUGAUGGAGGAUAUGGAUGUGAUCAUUGUGUUUGUGUUAAUGGAACAAAAAAAUAUGCAAAAGCUAGAGCUGGUUGUAUUCUUGCUACAUGUGGAAAUAAACAAUGGGAUAAAGGAGAAGAAUGUGAUGGAGGAAAUGGUUGUAUUGAAUGUGAAUGUCAACCAGGAUGGUAUUCACAGAAUAAUGCCGAUUGUAAAAAUAUAUCAAAAGCACUUAAUAAUUUCUUUUUUUGGGGAAUAGGAAGUAUAGUUUAUAUUCUUUAUUUCAUAUUUGUGAUGAUUCUCUUCUUAAUAUUACAUAUUAGAUUAACUAGAAAAAUCAAACAAGAUAUUGAUGAUGAGAAUCUAUUCAUCUUUGAAAAUACAAUCAUUCCAUUUGAUAAAACAAAUUCACAAUACAUUGAUUUAAAACAAGAAAAUCCUUAUUUCUCUUUCUCAACUAAUACAAUUGAUUUUGGUGAUAUAAGACCUGAAAUUAAUGACCCUAUUGACUGUACUCUUAUUUUAACAAACAAUUGGAAAUAUCCAAUGCAUUUUACAUUCCAUUCUGGUGAUUAUACAAAAUAUGAAAUUAUGUGUAAACCAUUCACUGGAAGAAUUAAGCCAAAGGAGAGUGUUGUACUAACAAUCUCAUUCAUGGCAAAAUGUACGACUGUAUUAAAUGAGAAAGUUCCUAUUACAAUACGUUAUGGUCAACUUCAAAAUGUAUUAAAAGAUAUUAAAAAAGAUAAUCCUGAAUUAAUUGCACAUUGUUCACAAUCAAGUCAAAAUAGUGAAGGUGAAGGAAAUUCUCAAUCUUCAGGAACAAAUGGUUCAAAUUCAAUCAAAAAAUCUCAUCAUUCAAAAUCAACUCCAUCAGGAAGUGGUAAAUCAGGAUCAUCUCAUGACUCAGAUGCAAAAAAGAAAAAAGGUAAAACAAAAAUAUCUAAAUUCCAUGUUUAUUUAAAUCUUCAAGUUGAAUCUGCUCUUUCUACUAAAUUAGAUUAUGAAGAAAUUCAUUUACAACAUCCACCUAUUGGUGGUGGUACAUUUGGUAUUGUUUAUCGUGCUGAAUGGAGAAGAGUUGAUGUUGCAGUUAAAGUAAUGAAAACUGAUUUAGUUGGAUUAGCUGAAUUAUUACCUAAUUUCAUGCAAGAAGCAGAAAUGAUGGAACGUAUUCGUUGUCCAUAUAUUGUAAAUUUCAUUGGAAGUGUAGCAACUGCUGAUACAUUAUGUCUUGUAACCGAAUUUUGUCCAUUAGGAUCAUUAAGAAAAUUCAUGAAAACAAAUUCAAUGAGUGAUUUAUUAAAAAUUAGAUUCUGUCAAGAUAUAGCACGUGGUAUGGAAUAUUUACAUCAAAAUGAUAUUCUUCAUCGUGAUUUAAAAACUGAUAAUGUUUUGGUUUAUUCUAAAAAUCCAUCAGAUCCUAUUACUGCUAAAGUUACUGAUUUUGGUACUUCUCGUUCAUUUAUUGAAUCAUCAAAUACUAUUGCUUUACAAAAUAUUGGUACACCUGUAUAUAUGGCACCAGAAAUCACAAGAAAAGAUCAAAUGACAUUAAAAUCAGAUGUAUAUUCAUUUGCUAUUUGUAUGUUAGAAAUUUGGUUAGGAAGAGAUCCAUAUGAUCCAAUGAAAUUCCCUGAUUCAGAAUCAAUAUUAAGAUUUGUAGGUGCUGGAAAAAGACUUUGUAUUAGUAAUGAUUGUAUUCUCAAAGAAAUAAUCGAAUGGGCUUGGAGCCAUGUACCAUCAGAAAGACCAUCUUUCAAAGAAUUAGAAUCAGCAUUGGAAUCUAUUUAUAAAAAGACUUCUGAUAAAUCAAAAUCAGAUUCUAAUAACAAAAAUAAUUCUAGUUCUACAAAAACUAAUACAAAAUCUAAAGAUAUUUCUUCAAUAGAAUGUAAAUCAUCAAUGAGUAAAAGUGAAAUUAAUGAUGAGAUUAAUGACAGUUCUGUUUCAUCUGAUAUGGCUAAAGACAAUUAA